AUGCAUGCCCUGCCUGCGACACGCGAUGCCCUAGGUCGGGGCGCACCGACGCCUGCCCAACAGAGACGGGAUCGCCGUGGCUCGCUCGCGACUCCCAGCGCCGUUUCAUACGCGCGCAAACCACGGCCCAGGCGACCCAAGAAGACCGCCCCGGUCGACGUAGAGCCCAAGUCAUCAGCCGAGGCCCCUAGAGACUCUUACCGCGCCGACGCUUCCGUCAACAUUGCCUCAACACACACCCAUCCCAUGUCGCACCGCACCGCCCAACGGCCGGACGAUGCGUUACUGAGUGGUGUCCGCUCGUCACUGUCCUCCCUCUCUCCGCCUACAAUGCCCGCGGUGGCGACUACAGCAUCACCGACGACGUUUUCGCCCCUCAAGCGCCGCCACGACUCGGACGUCAACUAUUCCUAUAAGAACGCGCGCGCGCGCCAUCACGUCGAGCCCCAGAAUGUCUCCUCUCCGCACUUCGCGGACACGGACUAUGAUCUGUCUGCGGCAGAGCGUAUGCGCCGGGUUCACCCCGGUCGCGUUUCGCCCUCCGCUGUCACAAACAGCGCUCUCGACUACCGCACAACUCCAUACCUCGUCAACCAGCCCGUCCCCGCUGAAAUGACCAGGCAGUACACUCAAGAGCCGCCGCUCGCGGGAUAUGAGGUCUUCGAACGCCCUGCUGGCUCAGAUGUCAAUGGCGAGUUUCAGACGUUCAUCUUAGAGCAGCGCAAUGCCGAGCGACGCGGCUACGACGGAGAACGUUUCGCGUUGUCGCUUUCUAUCCCUGGUGUGGCCUUUCAAGAAAUGGUCGCUCGCGACAAAGAGCCCGCCCUCACGCUGCAAACUACAAACUCGCAAUCGCCCAACUUCGUCGGAGAUGAUCCGAUACAGUUUGCGCCCUAUCAUUCCCCGGAACUUCAGCACGCGUACGCCCGCGUUGAGCACGACGCUUCUUACGUGCCACCGCACAUGGCCGCCACGGAAUAUCAGAUUUGUAGCAAUAUGAUGUGUGGGGGCACGGCACCGCAUCGCGCAGGCUUUGCAUCAACAGCAUCGCCCGAGCCCACCAAGGCUAUCGAUACUACGCCCUACGAGCUUGAUGAGGUGGUCAACACUGGGUAUUCGUUCACUGUGCCUGCGCCCGCGUCGAUCCAGCUCCCAGUAUAUCAGCGUCAGGAUUGGAUCCUCCCAUCUACAGGUCGCCCGCCGAGUCCACAGCAACUGGGACGGACCCCCAUCGCACCCGACCCCUCGCAAACCACCGCUUAUUGGCAAGCAUCCGACGACAACUUGGACGGAGGUCUCUCGCAGCCGGGACAGGUCUCCGUUCACGACGCUGGCUUCGGAGAUUCGGAGUUGCAUGCGCGACUUGCGCUCGACCACACAAGCUCGAACAAGCCUUUCACUCUGUACUAUCCCGGUGUCGAUGAAGACAUGUGCGCGGUCCUUGGCCAUCUGCAGCAGGAAGGAGGCCUCUACAGCGGCGACGGAGACACCUUUCCAUCGCAGCGCGAUACGUCGUAUCCCCACUGGCAGUAUCUUACGAAGACGCGGGUCUAUUCACAAUCCGCGCUUUGGUCUUCCCCGGUUGCGCCUCACGCUCAUCUAUCGGGCGAGUCAGUGCCGCUCCAAUUCCCCAUCCCGACCACACCUACCUACGACUUCCCAGUGGUGUAUGGUCAUCACCCGUCCGUCCCCACGGGCCUACAUGGGCUGGUAUUGGCUUACGAAUCGCCAUCAUGGCCCCCGGCAGUGGUUCAUGGAAUGCCGCAACCGGUUCAAAAUCACUACGAUGACAUCGCCCUUCAUCGACGUGCGGUCGACCACGGCGGCUCCGUUACCAUGUGCCCUGCUCCGCCCGAGAUCGUCCAAGAUGUUGCUGCGAGCUACAUACUAGAACGAGACUACCAUGACCUUCAGCUGGCUAACCGUGACUACCACGAUCCGGAUAGCCGUAUCCCCUACGACGUCUCUUGCGGCACUCACGUCAAAUCGCCCGACGCAUUUCCUUCGCACCCAGUGUCUCUCAGCGAUGACUACUGGCGAGGCAGUCUAAUUUCUGCAGUCGAUCGCAGCGAAGCCCCUCUCGAUUUGAUUAUAAACCUAUAUUCAUUCCACACCCCCGUCCUUCCUGUCUCAGUAUCCCAGCAUACAUACAGUGACCCGAUAGAGUCACUGACGUACCCUUUGUAA